CCUUUUUGCCCCGUCCAAUUGUUCCAAUUAAGAAGAAGAAGAAGAAGAAGAAGAAGAAGAAGAAGAAUGCACGGCUACGAGCGGGUGGAAAAAGGCGCCGCCCCCGGCGGCGACAUCGAGGCGGGGACGCUCUACCCGGGGCUCUCCCGCGGCGACAACGAGCUCCGAUGGGGGUUCGUCCGCAAAGUCUAUGGCAUCCUCGCCGCCCAGGUGCUUCUCACCACCGCCGUCUCCGCCGCCACAGUCCUCUACCGCCCCGUCAAUGCCGCCCUCGCCUCCAGCCCCGGCCUCGCUCUCUGCCUCGCUUUUCUCCCCCUCUUCUUGUUGUGCCCAUUAUACUAUUAUCAACAAAAGCAUCCACUAAACUUUUUGUUCCUUGGACUGUUCACUGUGUGUCUAAGCUUAAGUGUCGGUGUGGCCUGUGCAAACACUCAAGGAAGGAUUGUUCUGGAAGCAUUGAUUUUAACUUCUGCUGUCGUUUUAUCCUUGACUGGAUAUACUUUCUGGGCUUCAAGAAAGGGGAAGGACUUCAGUUACCUUGGACCAAUUGUAUUUUCUGGUCUCAUGGUGCUAUUUUUGUCAACUUUUAUCCAGAUAUUCUUCCCUCUUGGACCGACAUCGGUUGCGAUAUUUGGUGGGCUUGGAGCUGUGGUUUUCUCUGCUUUCAUCGUGUAUGACACUGACAACUUGAUCAAGCGCUACAACUACGAUGAGUACAUUUGGGCAUCAGUUGUCCUCUACCUCGACAUACUCAACCUCUUCCUUUCUAUCAUGAACAUGCUUAGAGGCAUGCAAUCAGAUGGUUAGGACUAAAAGUCAUAAAUGGUUUCUUCGGCAGAUGGUUUUGCCAUUUAUGUAAUAAAGUUCCUUAGUUUAAGGUCAUCUGAAUGUGGAAAUAUACUGUAUAUGUUCGGUGCUAUUUUAGGAUCAUAGAAUGCACUACUAAACUAUGUCGGUUGACUUGCUGUCAUGCAUGGUCAAUUAUUGUUCCGCUUGUCUAUCAUUAAGUUGGCUAUAGUUUGUGUUUA